CUCUACUCAGCUACUCUAUCAGCUACUCUAUCAGCUACUCUAUCAGCUCUACUCAACUAUCAACUAUCAAUCAUGCGCUUCUCUCCCGCCCUCCGCAACGCUGCCAUCAACCUCCAGCACACGGCUCCCAGACUUGCCCAGACCUCCCCCAAGACAAUCUCGUUCAGAAAGCCUCUCUUCAUCUCCGACCCCAAGAGCUCAUUUGUUCUUCAGCGGGCAAAGGUCCUCUUGAUCUGGUCCUCGGCUCUUACCGCAUUCAUGGGAUGGCCUUACGUGGUUCAAAAAAUCGCACUCACUAGAGUCAACUCUCCAGCUGCCUAAGCUCUUUUAUCUUUAUCUCUUUGGGUCUUACUUCUCAUGUUAUCAUGUCCUGGUGUUGCGGUUACAUUUAUUACAUAAUGCAUUAAUAAUACGUCUUUAAACCUUAAUC